UCCACUCAGGGAUCAGGUGAUCCACCACCAACGACACGGAGGCUCACUGGAGAAAAUGCAAAAUGAUUUAUAGCAAAUGUCGGGGGAUAAUUCAUUUGUAUUUUCAGCUCCAAUUUGGACAUAAAUCGCUAGAGGUCCAAUGUAACGAUGACGCGUUAGGACUGGUAGCUUAGCGGUGUUUUUAUUUUAUUAUUAUUUUUUUAAUUUAUGAAAUAUCACAUUGACGGAUUGGUUUCAUCAUGGGGCUGUGCUACAGUUUGCGUCCCCGGCUCUUCGGGGAUCUGAGCGGGUCUAUCUCAAACGCUACCUCGGACUCGGACCAGCCUCCGGACGCCGUCGUGCCAACCCGCUACGGGGGAGCUCGCCAAGAGGACACUGGGGACAGCGGCGGCCCGGUCCACCCCGGGGACCUGUCCAGGCUCCCGGCUGGGGAGAACCGCCGUGGAGACACCAGCACAGACGGCGUGCUUAUACAAAACGGAGGCGGCGGCGGAGGAGGAGGCAGAGAAGCAGGUAGCGGUAAGGGCACAGGGAAGGACCGCGGCCGACGCUUACAGCUGCUACAAAAGACAAGCGCCCAUAAGCAGAAAAACUGGGACAAACUGCUGGUUGAGGAAAAGGAGGCCGAAAAGGAGGCGAAGAAAGUCAGUAAGAACAUUGACAGGGCGCUGAAGGAGCUGAAACGGGAGUAUAAACAGACGCAUCGACUGCUGCUGCUCGGUGCGGGAGAGUCCGGAAAAAGCACCAUUGUGAAACAGAUGAGGAUUUUACACGUCAACGGCUUCAACGCGGAAGAAAAGAAACAGAAAAUCCAAGAUAUUCGGAAAAACGUGAAGGAUGCCAUAGUGACUAUAGUGUCUGCGAUGAGCACUUUAAUACCCCCAGUCCCGCUAGCCAAUCCAGAGGACCAAUUCAGAAUCGAAUACAUCAAAGGCAUUGCACCUCUUUCUGACUUUGACUAUUCACAGGAGUUCUUCGAUCAUGCGAAGAAGUUGUGGGACGAUGAAGGAGUGAAGGCCUGCUUUGAGAGGUCCAAUGAGUACCAGCUCAUUGACUGUGCACAAUAUUUCUUGGACAGAAUUGACUCUGUAAGACAGAAUGACUACACACCUACAGACCAGGACCUUCUACGCUGCCGAGUGCUAACUUCAGGGAUUUUUGAGACGAGGUUCCAAGUAGAUAAAGUGAACUUUCACAUGUUUGAUGUUGGUGGCCAGAGAGAUGAAAGAAGAAAAUGGAUCCAGUGCUUUAAUGAUGUCACUGCUAUCAUCUUUGUAGUGGCCAGCAGCAGCUAUAACAUGGUCAUAAGGGAAGACAAUAACACUAACAGGCUACGGGAAGCCUUGGACCUCUUCCGCAGUAUUUGGAACAACAGAUGGUUACGUACUAUAUCGGUCAUAUUAUUCCUGAAUAAGCAGGACAUGCUGGCUGAGAAAGUAUUAGCUGGAAAAUCCAAAAUUGAGGACUACUUCCCUGAAUAUGCUCGCUACACCAUACCAAAUGAAGCAACUCCUGAGCCCGGUGAAGACCCAAGAGUGACAAGAGCUAAAUUCUUCAUCCGAGACGAGUUUCUUCGGAUCAGCACUGCAAGUGGUGACGGCAGACAUUACUGCUACCCGCACUUCACCUGCGCCGUGGACACAGAGAACAUCCGACGGGUGUUCAACGACUGCCGGGACAUCAUCCAGAGAAUGCACCUGCGACAGUAUGAACUCUUGUGAUGGGCCCCAGUUAGCCACUUUUUUUCCCCCCCUUUCUACCAUUCUGCAUCCGUGACAAACCCCGCCUCUCCCCAACCCUUCCCUCUUGAAGGAAACCUCCAUGACUUAUGACCACGUCCCCAGUCAAAGACUAUGAAGUACUACUGAAGUGUGUCAAGUCCUCUUCUUAACCUAGCUUUUUGUACUCCCCUGUGAGAGCAAUUCAUCCCCAUUUCACUGAUUGUAAAAGGGGAACAAAGAUGUGUGCAUUUUUUCCAAUGCCUUGAAAUUUGUUUUUGUCAUUCCACUAAGCCUUGGGCUACCUCUUUAUUAUUAUUAUUUUUUUUUUUUUUACCCUUUUGUGUCUUCUGUUUUCCUCCUCCCCCUGAGUUUGUCAUUGGACCUGCACUGGUAGGUGUGGCCACAUUAAAACACACCUACAGGACCUCAGAACUGAGGCAGUGAUUGUGUGACAGACGAGUGCAUUCACGCCAGCCAAAGCCGGCAUCACCAUCAUGACCUUUACCCCACCCCCCCCUCACCAUAACAGCUUUUCUACUUCCCCUCUGGUCUCGGGGAGAUGAUUUAGCAACGAAGGGACGGACAGCAGAGGACGACAAGAAAACAAAACAGUGGAUGAAGUGAUAACGCACUUUGCAUCAGGUUCCUUAACAAUUUUAUUUAGUGUUUUGUUUUGUUUUUUUCCCCCACCAGAGGAAGUGUACACACAAUGUAGCAUCACAAUAUUUAUUACCCUGUCAUAAUGUUAGCUUGCUGAGCUGCAGGGGACGACCAAGCAGCUGACAGACGUGAGCGGGGGGUAGGAAAGAAAUGGGUCAGCGAGAAGAAUACGAAUGAAGUAAAAGGACUGAGCACCUUGGCUCGCUGCAGCUUUCAGCCCGCUGGAGAGCCGCUUCCUUUUCCAUACGACCAUCCUUUUAACGCAGAGAUUCUGGUGGGCAGGCGGGAGAGAAAAAUGUAUUCUUUUUUGCGCGGCGUGCGCGUGUUAACUUGUACACUGUGCAAGGUUGAAUUAUCCUGUACAGACUGUAAAAUGUAAUAUUAUUUUGUACAACGUAAUUGAAAGAAAAUCUACUUGUAGAUCUUUGUGCCUUGAUUAUGGCUGUACCUGUAAAUGAGCUCAGAUGUAAGUAUGUUUUUGACUGCGCUGUACAGCUUGAUGUCAAACUCUUAUCGGCAGCAGAAGACUGCAGGUAGGGGACUUUCUCUGUAGAGUUUAGUUUUUCUGGUUUAUAAAAAAAAGAGGAAAUGCUGUUUAGUAAAAAAUAUAAAAACAAAAUAGGGGAAAAAAAAUUCUAAAAACCUGUAUACAUUAUGCAAAUUAACCACUUACCUGCAGUGAAGACCAGAUGUUGCAGCGCCAUGCCUUUAAAAACAAAACAAAAAACACAAAAACACACACAUAAAAAAAAAAAUUUUUUUGGUUCUUGCUUCUUGUUUAUUUUUAUUUCUUUUCAUUAUGUUUUAAAUUUCACAGCUUUAAACAAACAUCAAAAACCAGUUGAAAGUGUCCAAAUUGCAACCUGGUGUUGUUUUAAUAGGAACUGGGGUAUUUUGUUUUUCUUUUUGUUUGUUCUUUUUUUUUUUUUUUUUUUUUAAUAUGUGAAGUGCGUCAGAGCUGUACUAAUGUGUGUGCCUGUGCGCAUGUGUACAUAAAACAGACUCACAGACGCAUUAUGUGUGCGCGCGUGUGUGUAUGCGUGCGAGAGUGAGGUUUGCGCGUCGUGUGUAAAAUUUUAUAAAUGUAUGUACAUGUAAAUUUAUAGGUCUAUUAUAAAUAUAUAUGUACAAUUAUACAUGUUUAAUUAUGUGUGUGCCUAGGUGUACAUACCUCUGUAUGUAUACGGUAAAUAUGUAGACAUACACACAUAGGAAAGCAUGUUUAGAGUGGAGAUGAAUAAAUGAGAGCGUGCAAUAUUAGUAAUUCUUUGGUCCUUUGGAGCCAUAUUCUCGAUGAUGGCACAGGCACUAUGAAUGUGUGAGCAGCACCCAACAAAACGAGCUCUUCUCCUUGUACAAACAGCAUCAGCCUUUUCGUCUGCUACAGUACACGUCUUACCCCCCGCCCCGCCCAAAAUUAAAAAAAGAAUUGACUGGAGGUGCAAAAACCUUGUUUCGGGUGGGAAGAUAUUGAGAUGACAUUUUUAUUUUUCUUUAAAUAAAGAGGCACAUUAGAGGA